AUGAGCUACCAGCAACAUCCCCACCCCAGUAACUUCGGCCUCGCUGCCACCUUCGUCCCCGGUGGCACCGACGACUACUACCUCCCUCCGCAGCCCGAAGUCGUCUCGCCUGCCCCGCAGCGUAUCAUGCAAGAGGACGUCGACCAGAUCCAGAACCAGGUCGCCCACAUGGAACUCGAAGCGAACGGCAGCGCCUUCCCGCCCCGCGGCAGCAGCGUUCUUUCGAACGGCUCCAACGGCUCGCACCACCGGCAAGGCGACUAUUCGCAGUAUGGAAAGCCGACCGCAGACCUCCCCAACUUCUCGCCCUUUCCUAAGCUCGUGAACCCGUCGCCCAACAUCCCGCCGACCGACGAUGAGAAGGAACAAAUAUUGGAAAAUGCGCGGAUGGGCGUGCUCAACUCCAACGAUCCGGAGAUGCAGCUGGCGUGGGCCCAGGAUGCGCUUACCUGGGUCGAUGCCUCCAUGGUGCACGCCGAGCGCAUCUUCGUCGACCAGGCGCGCCCGACCACGCCCGCUGUCGAGCAUCAGCUGCGCGUGGAUGCCAUGAACAUCGUCCAAUUCCUGGCCGACCAGCACCACCCGCGCGCUGAGUUCAUGCGCGGCAUGUGGCUCGAGUUCGGCAAGUUUGGCAUGCGCGUUGACAAGAAGGAGGCUUUCCGCUGCUACUCGCGCUCUGCCGACAAGGGUUACUGGCGUGCAGAGUACCGGAUAGGCAUGCUCUUCGAGCAGUCCAACGACCCGGUCAAGGCGCUCGUACACUACAAGCGGGGUGCCGAUGCGGGGGAUUCAGCCUCGAACUACAGACUAGGCAUGAUGACCUUGCUUGGCCAGAACGGUCAGCCGCAGGAUUACGCAAAGGGUCUGCAGCUCAUCAAGCAUGCAGCCAGCACCGCUGAUGAAAACGCGCCGCAGGGCGCUUACGUUCUCGGAAUGCUCCAGGCUCGCGAGCUCCCGCAGAUCUCAGUUCCGGAGAUCUAUCUCCCCUAUGACGAAAAAUCGGCGAAGAUCAACAUCGAGAAGGCCGCUUUCCUCGGCUUCGCGAAGGCACAGCUGAAGAUGGGGUCGGCGUAUGAACUGUGCACCCUAGGCUGUGACUUCAACCCCGCGCUUUCACUGCACUACAACGCACUAGCAGCGAGGCAAGGUGAGCCAGAGGCAGACAUGGCCAUUAGCAAGUGGUUCCUCUGCGGUUAUGACGGUGUUUUCCAAAAGAACGAGGAGUUGGCAUACACCUAUGCCGAACGCGCCGCACAAUCCGGUCUCGCGACCGCUGAAUUUGCUCUCGGGUAUUUCAACGAGAUCGGUGUCCAUGCGCCUGUCAACCUUGAGAAGGCUAUGGAGUGGUAUGAGAAAGCCGCCAAAUCCGGCAACAAAGACGCGAUUUCUCGCCUGGAGAACAUCCAAGUCAACAGGACUCUCUCGAAGAAGGACCAUGAGAAGGUCGCUAUUAACAAGAUCAGGUCCCAGUAUGGUUCAAAGAAGGGUCAAAGACCGGACAGGUUCAGGCAAUCGCAGGCGGCUCCUAUGCCCACCAUCUCCGACUCGGUACCUCAGUCGCCUAUCCAAUCACCCACUAACGGCCGCCCACCGAUCCGUUCCUCUUCUACCGCUCCUUAUCCUCUCGAAGACAGGCCGCCAACCGUGGCUCCUUACGACCGGCCAUCCUCUGCUGCGCCUUAUCCAAUGGACAACGGCCCUCCAAACUUUGGACCAAGUAUGCCCAAUGCUGCACGUCCAACCUCCGCUUUCAAUAUGAUCCCGCCCGGACCUGGUGCUCCCGGUGCCCCUGCGGGUAGACUUCCGCCCCAAGGCCCCAACUACGGACCUCCUCGUCCUCACACUAGCGUCGACGCUAUGAGUCCUACUGGACCACACCCAGGACGGAAACCUGUUGGCGGACCCGGCACACGUGUCUCUUCCGGUCCUCCUGGGCCCGGCGGCUACCGUCAGCCUGGCGGCCCGAGUGUCGACCAUCCCGAACAGCAUUACAUGUCUCCACCCCCAUCCUCUGGUCGCCCACCUUCCUACGGACCCGGACCCGGGCCCAAUAAGCUGCAAAAGCAGCCUACGGUGCAAGACAUCGGAUUUCAGGCGCCUCUUGAGCAGAAGAAACCUAUGCAACUGCCUGCUGGCUACGAGCGUGCUUCCACGGCAUCUACAGUUCCUGCGGCUGGGCCUCCGAUCAUCCCCGCCGCCGCCGCUCCCCGGCCUGUCAGUGGUAGUAGGCCAGGCAGCUCGGGCAAACCAGCUCCGCAGAAGAGCGACUCUGCGCCGCCGAGGCAGAGUCAGCAGCCGCAGCCUCCCAAAGAAGCCACGCCUAAGCCGGCAGCAACGGCGCCGCCACCCGGCAAGGGUCCGAAGACGUUCGAUGAAAUGGGUGUGCCGAAGGUCAAUAAGGACCAGGACUGCAUCGUCAUGUAG